AUGAACACCAAAGGCAGUGUUAUAGUCUUAUUCCUGUGUUUCCUGACUCUAUUUACCUUAACAGACUGUAGCACAUGUCAGAAAACUAUAUUAGAAGGGGACAGUCUCAUCUUUAAACUGACUGACAGGCUGCUUAAGGAUGAUGAUCGAUUCACUAUAAAAAAGGACAAUAAAGUGGUAGUCCCCAAAAGGAAUAGGAAACAAGCGGGACCAGGGAUCGUGAAAAAUGAUUCCCUGGAAUUCCAACAUGUGAAACUGAGUGAUUCUGGGACAUACAGUGUUGAGGUAUUUGAUGUGAAUGCCACCAACAUAAAAUCAUACUCAGAAAUCAUCUGUGUUUAUGCAAAAGUCCCAAAGCCAAGAGUGACUAUUACAUGUCAAGAUGAGAAGAUUGACUUCAGAUGUGAUGUUGAAAGUGACAAAGAUCAAAGAUCAGCUAUAUCUUACAGCUGGCACCAAAAUGGGAAAGAAUUCAAGAAGAACGUAUUAAACUUCUCAAUAAAUGCAGAGGCGGAUAAAUCAGUGUAUACAUGUACUGCCCAGAAUCCAGUUCAUAAAAGCACAAGUGAUCCAGUGGAAGCAGCAUGUUUUAAGCCCGAUGAGUUCGUUAGCAGUUUCUGUCUGCAGCAAAAUGAAUAGAAGUUCAGACUGGGCAACCUCCACACCUCUCCGCCUCCUGGUCAAUAAAAAUCAAAUCAACCUGCACGUGGACUCUAGACCCAGGAACCAGCAAUGCAGUCGUUAAAGCUCCGGCAACCCAGCAUGCAGCAGUUAUUCCAAUCAGAAAAUCAUGUGGCUAAUCUCAGUGACUGAUCUUACUGAUAGUGUACACUGUAGUUGUCUUAUAUUGUAGCAACAUACUGAAAGAUUUAAUAAUCACCAAAAGAUUUAGUGUCCAAACUAAGAGUAAGUUUCAUCUAGAAAAGGUGCAUCAUAUUGUCAAGCUUGGUUUGGAGUAACAUUGUCAACCUUGCAAAAAUGACCAUAAUGACAUCGGAUUAUCAGACAAUUUACUGUAUAUAACAGUAACUACCCAG